CAAAUGUUAAUUUUAAUUUAUGAAGUGCUAUAAAAAUCUUAACGUUAGCUAUGAUUUAUUGUAAUAUAUUUCUUAAACGGUAGCAAAAUGUGAUAACAUUAGUCGUCAACUGAUCCAGACUACUUAUUAAAUAAUUGAUCGUAAUGAUUUAAGUAUUUUGCAAAUAUGAAAUAUUUACGUACUCUAGGAAUAUCAAAGUGGGGUCGAGCCCUAUUAGGAUUAUUUAUAGUAUGGCUUAUUAUUAUGAUUAUGGCAGCCAAGCCAAUGUUUAAUUCUAAUAAUUCACAAGAUCAAGAAGCUAAUGAGCGAUUAUCUCAGGCAUUUAGAGAAUUAGAACUACUUAAGAAACAAAACUCAGAGUUGAAAAAGCUCUUUACAGAAUUUAAUUUCAGUGACAUUCCAACAGAUCCAGAAGUUAAAGAGAAAAUAUUAAAAGCGUUAAAUGACAGAGUAACGGCUGCUGAAGGCAUGUUACCAAUUGAAUAUGCUGAUAAAAUUGAAAAUAAUAAACAAAAUCAAGAAGUUGGAGAACCAAGUAUUGAAUAUGAAAUGACUAGAAGACAGAUUAAAAAUAAUAUAAAAGAAUUGUGGAAUUAUAUAAGUAAUGAACUUGGACAACUGCACAAAGCUUCUACUAUAAAUCGAGAGCAAAUUGUAAAUUCACUGGUUAUGGUAGCUAAUAAUAAGUGGUGGCUUUUAUCUGAUGUCGAGAAACUUGCCAAGUAUGAUGGUUUCAAUAACUGGAGAGAGCAAGAGUCUAGAGAUUUGUCUGAUUUAGUACAAAGAAGAUUUCAUUAUCUACAGAACCCAAAAGACUGUAACACGGCUAAAAAAUUAGUUUGCAAUUUGAAUAAGGGUUGCGGCUUUGGCUGUCAAUUGCAUCAUGUUGCAUAUUGUUUCAUAAUAGCUUAUGGAACAGAAAGAACUUUAAUAUUAAAUAGUAAAGGCUGGAGAUACCACAAAGCAGGUUGGGAAGAAGUGUUUUUGCCUCUAUCAGAAACAUGUAGAAAUGCAGAGGGAACUACACAUGGUUCCUGGCCAGGCAAACCUUCUACACAAGUUAUUACACUACCAAUCAUAGAUUCCAUUUCUCCUAGACCACCAUUUUUGCCAUUAGCUGUACCGGAAGAUCUUGCUGAUAGAUUGGCUAGAUUGCAUGGCGAUCCUAUUGUAUGGUGGAUAGGACAAAUUUUAAAAUAUUUACUUCGGCCUACCAAAAAUACAGAAGAUAUGAUAAAAAAUGGCAUGGAUAAAUUGGGUUAUGCAAAGCCUAUAGUUGGUAUUCAUGUGAGAAGAACUGAUAAAGUGGGAACUGAAGCUGCUCUUCAUAAAGUUGCAGAAUAUAUGACACAUGUAGAAGACUGGUACAAGCAGAGAGAAAUGUCGGAAAAGGUUGUGCGGAGGGUUUAUGUAGCCACUGAUGAUCCAACGGUUAUAGAAGAAAUUAGGCAAGAUUAUCCCGAUUACAUCGUUAUUGGCGAUCCAUCUAUAUCUCGAUCAGCAUCAGUAGCAUCACGCUAUAGUGACGAGUCUUUGCGUGGCAUCGUUCUGGACAUUAUUUUGUUAGCACGAAGUGAUCAUUUGGUAUGCACCUUCAGUUCUCAAGUUUGCAGGGUCGCUUAUGAAAUAAUGCAGACUAUGCAUACUGAUGCUUCAGACAGGUUUUAUUCUUUGGACGAUAUUUAUUAUUAUGGAGGACAAAGCUCACACACUCGUGAAGCCGUUUUACCGCACGAACCUGUGCGCAAAGGAGAGUUGCACCUGAAACCUGGUGAUAUCAUCGGUGUCGCUGGCAAUCAUUGGGACGGUUUCUCCAAAGGGACGAAUUUUAGAACAUCACAGUUAGGUCUAUUUCCAAGUUUCAAAGUUCGCGACGUAAUGCAUACGGCGCGGUUUCCUACAUAUCCCAAUGUUAAGCUGAAAUAAACAUGGUAAGAUUAGAUUAGAAAUUGAGGAGCUGUGUUUAUGUAUAUGCC